AUGCCUGCGGCAAAGGAGCAAAACGCAUGGAUUGGCUACCGGGGCGCCGCUGGCUGCGACCUUCGCAGUGACACCCAGACAACGCCAACCCCCUCAAUGCUGGCGGCCAUUGCCAAUUGCACUCUCCUGGACGAUGUCUUUGAAGAGGACACUACGACUAUUGACCUGGAAGCUCACUGUGCCGCCCUGGCCGGCAAGGAGGCCGGCCUCCUGAUGCUGUCGGGCACUAUGGGCAAUCAAGUUGCGCUGAGAUCUCUGUUGACCCAGCCACCCCACGGAGUGAUCUGUGAUCACCGUUCCCACAUCGUGGUGUACGAGGCUGGAGGCGUGUCCGCCCUCACCGGCGCAAUGUUAGAGAGCGUGCGACCAAGCAACGGCAUUCACCUGACGCUUGAGGAUAUCCAAGAGCACGCGCACAUUGAUGACAACGUCCACACAUGCCCGACACGGGUCAUCUCGUUGGAGAACACCCUAAACGGAAUGCUGAUGCCCCUGUCAGAGGUCCAGCGCAUCUCAAAGUGGGCAAGGGAGCACGGCAUAAAGAUGCACCUCGACGGCGCUCGCCUUUGGGAGGUCGCCGCAUCAGGGGCUGGAAGCAUCAAGGAGUUCGCUGAGUGCUUCGACACUCUCACGCUGUGCUUCUCCAAAGGACUCGGCGCCCCAAUUGGGAGCAUCCUCCUCGGGACAAAGAGCACCAUCAAGCAGGCGCGGUGGACGCGCAAGUCUAUCGGCGGCGGGCUCCGGCAAUCGGGCGUGGUGGCGGCCGCAGCGCGGGUCGCAGUCGACGAGACGUUCGGCAGCGACCCGAGCGGCAAGGACGGGCUCCUGAAGAAGUCGCACGAGAUGGCUACGCGGGUGGCCAAGAUAUGGACGGACCUCGGCGGCAAGCUCACGUACCCGCCGCACACCAAUAUGGUGUGGCUCGACCUCAAGGAUGCCGGUUGCAGCGACGCGCGCAUCAACGAGCUGGGCAGGGAGCAGGGCCUGCGGCUGCUCGGUGGCAGGAUUAUCUGCCACUACCAAAGCUACCAGAACGCCGACGUCGUGAUACCCAGGUUGGAGACGAUAUUCAAGACAAUUAUCGCGGAAAAGGGCCAGGGGGUGGAGGCUGCCAAUGGGAACGGGGCGAAGGCGCUUUACAAGUAG